GUCGCUUCCUGUUUGUUCAUAAACAACGUCCUCAGAGCUUCUGCUUCAAGUUAUGGGAUGGAGUGGGUACAAUUUAAUCAACCACGUUUCAAUCCAAAUGAGAUGGAAUUGCACGUUUGAGCAUCUGGCUUCAGUAUCCAUGGAGGGAGAGCCCCUGCUGCUGGUUGAUAUUCCUGAUGCGCUCAGCGAGAGGGAGAAAGUUAAAUUCACUGUACACACCAAGACCACCUUGCCAUCCUUCAAGAAAUCUGACUUCUCGGUGAUCCGUCAGCAUGAGGACUUUGUCUGGCUUCACGACGCCCUGCUUGAGAAUGAGGAAUAUGCCGGGAUUAUUAUUCCUCCAGCACCUGCUAAGCCUGACUUCGAUGUUGCAAGAGAAAAGAUGCAAAAGCUGGGAGAAGGUGAAGGAUCCAUGACAAAGGAGGAGUUCAGUAAAAUGAAGCAAGAACUCGAGGCGGAGUAUCUGGCUAUCUUUAAGAAGACUGUGUCCAACCAUGAAGUGUUCCUCCAGCGACUCUCGAACCACCCUGUGUUGACCAACGACCAUAACUUCCAUGUUUUUCUGGAAUAUGAUCAGGAUCUGAGUGUCCGCAGUAAAAACACCAAGGAGAUGUUUGGCGGCUUUCUAAAGAGCAUGAUGAAGACUGCUGACGAAGUCCUCAUCUCUGGGGCCAAGGAUGCAGAUGAAUUCUUUGAACAUGAGAAGACAUUCCUUGUAGAAUAUGGCACCAAAAUUAAAGACUCUGCACUAAAAGCAGAAAAAAUGACAAGAACUCACAAAAAUGUGUCUGAUGAUUACAUUCAUUUAUCCUCCUCCUUUAAUGAGCUUGGGGUGGAAGAAAAGUCUCCAUUGACCAAUCACUACGUAAAACUUGCUGAGCUGUUUGAAAAGCUUAGGAAAGUAGAAGGAAGAGUGUCCAGUGAUGAAGACUUGAAGUUGACAGAACUGUUAAAAUACUAUGUGAGGGACAUACAGGCAGCUAAGGAUCUUCUGUACAGGAGAGCCAGAGCUCUUGUGGAUUAUGAAAACUCCGGAAAAGCUCUGGACAAAGCUCGGAUAAAGGGCAAAGAUGUGAAACAGGCAGAGCUCCACCAUCAACUGUGCAGCCAGAAAUUUGAGAAACUGUCAGACUCUGCCAAGCAAGAGCUGACUGCUUUUCGAACUAGAAGAGUGGCAGCAUUCCGCAAAAACUUGAUCGAGAUGACUGAGCUGGAGCUGAAACACGCCAGAAACAACAUGCAGCUGCUACAGAACUGUCUGACCACACUGAGUAACUAGCACCACGUGACUGGAUGACACCGGGGAUUCUCAGUCUGACCUUAUUUCACCCACUGAAGAGACGUAUUUAUAACCUGUGGCCCAAAGUCAUCGCUUACCUGGCUGCUGCCGCUUUGACUAUAGUCACAAGAUGGAUUACGCGUGGUUUCACUCUGUCCUUUUAACAGUGUGUCCCUGCUGCUGCUUAGCUCCUAAAAGCUUGGAUAAAGUGUAAAGUAUUUUUUUUAAAGAAGCUAAGCUUUGUUCCACACAAGUGCCUACCUGUUGUGGUACUUCAGAGUUCCAAAACUGAAGCUGGACCAAAUUUUGUAAGCUAGUGUUCCAAUGCAAAGUUAAUUUUGAUACAAAUAGCAAGUGUAAAAUGGACCUUCUACAAUAAUGCAAAUCUAGAUUAACCAAGUGACGGUUCAAAUCAAAUUGUGUGAACUCUGAUUUAACAAUUCUUCCAUUUAAGUGUGUGUGAGGACCAAUUUUUUAUCUGAACUGAAAUGGAGUCUUCCUAUUUGUAAUACUGCACUAACAAUUCCAAAUUUAAAAAAAAAUUGUUACUGAUCAGACCCACUUUUGAGUUGGUCAUAUGGACUGUUGCAGUGUUACUCCAUUUGCUUCCUAAGCACAAUUUGCAAGAAUUGAAAUUGAAAUGUAAGUAAUUGCAAGAAGGUUUCUAUUGAGACUGUCCAGGUUUGCAGUGAUUGAAGUAUGGCCCUUCUUUGGGUUUAAUAUGGAUCCCCUUUAUUGAACCCUAGUUAAAAUCUUGUAAUGACUUUUGGGUUUAAAAACCCCCUGAAGUGGCCAGCCAUCUGAAAAGUAAUUGCAACAUGCAUGUGCUUUUUCAGUUUUAUUCAUAAAAGAAUCAGAGUGCAGGAUAUUAUUGGGAUGACUCUUGUAUGUUGAGUUGGAGGAGGAAGUGGCAGUUUAGUUAUGGCUUUUAACUCUGUUCAAAAACAGUUUUACAUACAACCAAAUCCUAACUUGGUGUCUGCCACAUCAGGUAUCAGUGAAUGAGCUUCUGUUGAAUUUAAGAGUAUCUGGAUUAAUGAUUGCUGCCCGUGUCUGAGUAUAUGGAACAAUGUUCUACCCCAAACUUUGAGUUUUGGCUUGGCUUUGCAGUCACAGGUCUUACUGUAAUUCUGCCUGUGCUGAUCUCUCUCCCUCUGUUCCUUCUCUUUUGUGUUGGUCUCCUUCAUUCUUCCCCAGUACUGCUCCCCACACUCCAAAGCUGAUUUUUAUCCCUGUUAUUCAUCAUCCUCUGGUUUAAAAUCAGUAACUUUUUUUUUAAGAUAACUCCAUUUGUGAAAGCAGCAAUUAGAUUGUUUACUAUCUGAUCAGACAGAAGCCAGGCAGUACAGUGCAGGCAGAAUUUCUUUGCUACUCCCCUUCCACCCCAAUUUUUAAAAAACAUCAUUGGCAUUUCUAAUAACUCCCGGUAUGGUGCAUCUGCAUUAGAGCAUGUUUUUGCCUGUGCUGUUUAUCACUGCAAAGCCUGUGAUGCCUGUUGAAGAAAUUUGAACAGUAAAGAUGUUUGAAGCUG